AAUAGACCUAGGCUUUCAGUAGUUCACCCUUUCAGCUGCGGAGGUUCUCGGCUUGCGGCUCUAUUGCUCUUGUGCCUGAGAUUGCUUACUCCUUCUUAAGCCCGCCUCAAAAUAUGAGUCGUGCCCAGAAGGCUUGCAGCCUAUUCUCCACCAACACAGUCCUUCACCACCACCCUUAGUCACUCACUUUAACUACCAAAUAUACUAUUGUGCCUCCCAAUUUAUGGCAGCAUCGCAUAACCCAUAGAGAAACUGGUAAUUGUAUAGUUAGAUACUGCAAGAGCUCCCUGCUCGGUUCCUAUUCUCCCCCCUGCCGGUCGCAUUUGACGUCUCUACUAUAUUUGGUUUAAAUUUUCGAAAUGCUUCAACUUCCCCCACCUCCUAUGGCCAAUAAGCUCCUUGAACUCCCCGCAGAGCUCCUAAGGGAGAUACUACACACCUUGGACCCUGAGUCCUUCUACAUGUGUCUUCUGACGAGCAAGCUAUUCCGCUCCCAUGCUCUCAACUCAACUAGUCUGUUGUUAGAUCAUCUCGACCGCAUUCCCGGGCCCAGGAAUCCUCGAUUGCGGCAGAACAAUAAUGCUGAGGCUCUCAUGAAGGUGUUUGGGAAACGGGCCGCCCAACACCUAACAAAUGGGGUAUCGUGGAUGGCAGAUACCUACGUCUGGCGCACUUCUCGGCGCGCAGAUAGAAGGGCUAGCAAAAUCACCUCCAGUAUGGCGGAUGAGGAGGGCUCGUCGCUUGAGAAUGCUUUUGUCAACGACUUGGGCUUCCUCGAAGUUCUCUCGGACGAAGCGACAAUCAAUAUCUACUCUUUGGAGCCCAACAAAGCUAAGGAACACCGUCCCGUGUUGACCCACGUCAUCUCCUCACAUUGUCUACCCGAAUACUUCCCUGUACCGGGCAACCUACCGGUUCAAUAUGAGAUUAUCAAAGUCGCUGUCUUCGACGCAAUAUACGAAGUCGACACACUACCGCGGGUGGCCGUCUUAUAUCGAGCGUUCUGGAAGGAUUCUCCAUAUACUUCGGAUUGGAUGAAGGUCAUUGUCUUCAGGCUUGAUGAUGACUUUGGCCCGAUGGUGGCAGACACUUUUGAAGUUCGAGCCCACUCACAGCCAAUUGCUAUGGCGGUUUCCGGUGAGGGUAGUCCGGUGAUAGUAUACCGGGAUUUCGGUGCAGGAUUUGGACACAAUGUCGUUAUAUAUCGUAAUGUGACGGAUGAGAUUACAGCAGAGACGCACACGUUAGAGGAGGAUACCGAGACCUUGGGUCCAGGGAUCCAGUUUCCCAACGAACGUAUCACUGGAGUAACCAUCCACGAAAAUAAAUAUGCACACCUGUAUCCAGCAGCUUAUCCUAUACCUCAGUGGACCAUUCCGAGGCUGCAAAACCUGGGCGAGAGGAUUGAACGCCGGGAUACGUAUCUCCCUGACGUUGUCGAAGUUUUUCCGAAACAAUCACUCGGGAAGGUCAUCGCGCACCACCACCACCAUCGAAUCAAAGAAAAGGACCUCAACGACGGCGAGCCAACAUGCGUGAACACGGCCCUCGAACUAAUGAUCUCUCGCGACGAAUCCUUCGGCCUGGCUUCCCGCACUGGCGCCUUCCUCCUCAAAGCCAUCCACUAUCCCAGCACCUGCAAACACUUCAACCCAGAACGCGACUAUCACACUCUCCACCACGUCUUCGUCGCCUGCCUCGCCGGCCUGCCCGACCUCCACAACCUUUCCACUCUAGGCCUUCGUCUCGCCGUCUCGCCCCGCGCCCACCGCAUCGCAAUCGCCUCUUGGAAGACUGUCAAAAUCUGGUCCAUGGAUCCACAAGCCUUUCUAGACCCGGAAUACAGUCUUGCGGGUCAGGAAGGGGUGCCGGGGGAUUAUGCAUUUAUUGAGGGCUGCGGGUGGCAGUUUUACAGGAAUAUGAGGUUUGAGAAGGAGUGUGUGGUGUUGGAGCCAGUAGAGUUGCCGAGUUUGGGCGUAGUGUAUGGAUUGGAGUGGAGAUGUGAGGAUGAGUUGUGGGGUUUUGGCAAGGGGAGUGAGAGGGGAAGGGGUUUUGGAGUGAGGUUUUGCUUGUUGGGGUUUUGUUGA